GGCUGCUCCGGAUUCCGCGUGGCUUUGCUUAGUUCCACCCACGUGGAAUGCAGGAGGGACCAAGCAGAAGAUGUCUGAAGAUGCAGAGAGAGAAGCAGGCAUGGGAGACUCCAAGAGAGAAGAGGGGGAAGCUCUUGCCAAGGAAGGGAGACCACGAGGGAAGAAAAGGUCUCUUGUUGCCAAGGGCGUCCUGCAACCGGUGAAGCUUUGCAAGGCUGAACUAUACAAGCCGCCCACCAACGAGGAGCUGACACGCCUGAAGGAAACAGAGAGCCUGUUUCACUCCAACCUUCUGCGCUUGCAGAUCGAGGAGCUUUUAAAAGAGGUGACUCUCAAGGAGAAGAGGAAGCAGAAAAUCGACUCCUUCCUCCGCGAAAUCAAUGCCUUGCUGAGCACAGUCCCAGAGACCCCGCAGAGAGACAUCACCAAUCAGUCCUGGCUUCCCAGUGGAGUGAAGGUCCCUCUCCAGCAGCUUCCUUUCUGCGUCAAGGGCCACUUUCGCUUCCUUCCCCCCUCUGAGGUGAAAGUGGUGGGGAGUUACCUGCUGGGCACCUGCAUCAAGCCCGAGGUCAAUGUGGAUGUGGCAGUGACGAUGCCCAAGGAGAUCUUCCAGGACAAGGACCACCUAAACCAGCGCUACCACCGCAAGAGGGCUCUCUACCUCGCCUGCUUGGCCCACCACCUGUCCAAGAAGAAGCUCUUUGGGGCCGUGAAGUUUGCCUAUGUCAACGGCAACCACCUGAAGCCGGUCGUGCUCCUGCAGCCGCAAGGGAAAGACAUGAAGUUGGUAACUGUCCGCCUCUACGCCUGCCCAGCCCAGGGCGUCUUCAAGCCCAGUCGCCUGCACCCCAGCAAGAACAACGUCCGCACUGCUUGGUUCACAGAGAAGCGCUCCCCUGUGGCAGGAGCCUCCGAGCCACCAACACCACACUACAACAACUCCAUUUUGUGGGACCUGGUCCUGGAGUCCAGCCUGCUCUUCCUCUCUGAGGCGGCCCAUGACUUCCAAGGCAUGCGAGACGGGGUGUCUCUCCUCAAAGUGUGGCUGCGCCAACGUGGACUUGACCGGGGCCUUGGGUGCUUCAAUGGCUUCAUGGCUUCUAUGCUGGUGGCGUAUCUCUUGCAGCAGCACAAGAUCAACAAAGUGAUGAGUGGAUACCAGGUGUUGAGGAACAGCCUUCAGUUCUUAGCUGCCACAGACCUCAGUACAUCUGGAAUCAGCCUUUCAAAGGAUGGAGUUUCCUCACAGCCUACCCUGGCAGACUUCCACGCAGCGUUCCAGGUGGUUUUCGUGGACCCUUCUGGGUUGGUGAACCUGUGCGCAGACAUGACGGCCUCCACAUAUAAGCAGAUCCAGUUUGAAGCCAAGAACUCCAUGGAGAUUCUGGACGACAAAACGAUGGAUGGGUUCCAUUUGCUGCUCAUGACCCCCAAGCCUCUGAUCAGAGCCUUUGACCACGUGUUCCACCUUAAGCACGUCUCCAAGCUGCAGGCGGCCUGCAGGAAGAUGCAGCUGCUCAACGAGCUGAUGGAUCGCGGUGGGAAUUACGUGGCGGCGACUCUGCCUUUCCUCAUUGGCUUGCUGGAACGAGGGUUGUCUCGGAGGGUCUUGUUGCUGACGCAUGCGCUGCCCCAGACUCUACCAUGGCCAAUUGACGCUGAUCCCCCGAAACACAAAGACAUCGGGUCCCUGUCGUUUGGACUUCUGCUGAACCUUGAAUUUGCCAGCAGCAUCCUGGAGAGGGGACCUGGAGGGGACAGACCAGAGGCGCUGGAGUUUCGGCAGUUUUGGGGGAAGCGAUCAGAGCUGAGGCGUUUCCAAGAUGGCGCCAUCUGCGAGGCCGUUUUGUGGGACGCACCAACCAUGAGCCAGAAGCGUCUCAUUUCUGAGCAGAUCAUUAGCCACCUCUUGCAGUUACACAUGGACAUUCCGGAAACUUCCAUCUGCUACACAGGUGCCCUGCUGGAGCCUGUGAUCCAGCUGGGGCGUGAACCGGCAGGUACUGGCGAGGAGGCCAUGUUGAGUGUCGUCCGCUCGUACGACGACCUGAGCCGCAAGCUGUGGAAACUGGAGGGGCUGCCGCUGACGGUGACGUCCGUGCAGGGAGCCCACCCUGCCCUCCGAUACACCGAUGUCUUCCCUCCGGUGCCCACGAAACCAGAUUACGCCUACCAUACCAGGAUCGAGGGCCGGGAGUCUCUUCUGCCCUUGGCGGAGAAGCCAUGCCCGGCGUAUUUAGCACCAAUGAAAGUGAUCUGUCACAUGGAGGGGAGCGGCCAGUGGCCUCAGGACAAGGAAGCCAUCCGGCGAGUCAAGGCCGCCUUCCAGCUGCGGCUGGCAGAACUUCUCCACCAGCAGCACCAUCUGCUCUGCAGGGCUUCGCCCACCUACACGGACGUGUAUAAGGACGGCUACGUCUUCCGCCUCCAAGUGGCUUACCACCGAGAGCCCCAAAUCUUGAAGGAGGUGGUCACCCCCACGGGCAUGCUGAAAUACGAGGUCACGGAAGAGUCUGUGCAGCUGGAAGUGGAGACCCUGCACCUGCCAUUCUUGACCAGCUCACUUCACGGCCUCCAGCAGCAACAUUCUGCUUUCAGUGGCUGCUGCCGUCUCGCCAAGCGCUGGAUCAGUGCUCAGCUGCUGAGCGAUGGCGUCUCGGAGGAAUGCGUGGACUUACUGGUGGCCUCCCUCUUCCUGUCCCCAGCGCCCUUCACUGUGCCCAGCUCCCCCCAAGUGGGAUUCCUUCGGUUCCUUUUCCUGCUCACCACUUUUGACUGGAAGAACAACCCCCUUAUUGUCAACCUGAAUGCUGAGCUGAACGAUGCAGAUUAUGUGGAGAUCAGGAACCAUUUUGUGGCUGCCCGGCCUCGCCUCCCUGUCAUGUUCAUUGCCACCCCCAGGGACCGCCAGGACUCGGCGUGGACCAAGGAGAAGCCUUCGGCGCAGGUCCUGCAGCGCCUCCUGGUUUUGGGUCAGGAAUCUCUUCAGGUUUUGGAGAAACAGCUCAUGGACCCUCUGGGAAGCCAGGAUGUGAAGAUGGUCUUCCGCCCUCCUCUGGACUUCUACGAUGUCCUCAUCCACCUGAACCCCAAGCAGAUCCCGAGGCACCUGGAGGCAGUGGACCGGCCGGCCAAGUCCUUCUUCCGGGGAACGUUGAAAAGCAGUGCGGCUGUCAAAACCUCGGCUUUCCCAGUGGUGGAUUACGACCCGGCUCAGCUCUACCUGCGGGAGCUGCAGGAGGCCUUCAGUGACCUGGCGAUGUUUUUCUACGACAAGCAUGGAGGAGAGGUGAUAGGAGUCCUCUGGAAGCCUCCGGCCUUCGAGCCACAGCCUUUCAAGGCGCUGAGCAUGAAAGGAAGAAUGAUGUCCGCCCUCGCCCCUGAGCCUCUGACAGUUCCCAACGUGGAGGCCAUUUUGGAAGACUUCAAGAUUUUGGGGGAAGGAUUGGUCAAGUCAGUAGAGGCUCGUACAGAGAAAUGGUCCAUUUAGAAUCUUUUGGAACUUUGUGCUGCGUGUAUAAAGCGUUGCCCAGGGUGUGUUCUCACCCAUGACUUUUCCCACUUAGAACUGUCUUAUAAGAAAGGUAUUUUUACUACAUACAAACUUCUCUCGAUCCUGUUUCCUCGUAGAGACUCAUCCAGUUUAGAGAAACCUGACCUUCCUAAUAAAGGACUCUGCUAUUGUAGAAACUCUUAUUAAAUCCUCUUCCCGCCACCUUUCGAGGCCAAGGAAAUAAUUGGAACAUUUCCCUUUAUUUGUCUAGUGGAAUUCUAAUUAAAACACCACUCCCUCGUAAAACCGCCAAGGUGUGAAAUGCUGUUUUCUCCAAAGCUUAUUUUACUCUUGAGUUAGCACAUACAGAACUCUCUCCCAGUCAAUAAAUAGAUUCAGGAUGCUUAUACCUGAGAAUCAUAGAAUUGGAAGGGUCUCCAAGGGUCAUCUAGGCCAGCCCCCUGCAGUGCAGGCUUCACAGCUGUAGAAUCUCUGAAAACAAGCUCGCUCCAUCUUCCAUGUCGCAGCCCUUUAGCCUGCAGAAAUCAUGCAAAUGCACUUGUACUUAUUUUUGCAAAGUUCGUUUUGCCUUCUUCAUUCAGAUUUUCCAGAUCAGCCACCUCUGCAUGCUCUCUAGAGCUCCCUCCCGUUAUCUGUCCACCUUGAAAGCCAUAUUCACAGCCCUAAGGACUAGAAACCUCUCUCCCACUUUUAAAAUAGACACCGAGGCUUUCAAUAUUCGGAAUUUUGUGCUGGUGUUAAUUCAUAAAACAACCAAACAAACCCAAGCUCUGGAUAGGAGCCACAGCACACUCACAUUGCAGCCUUGUGGUUGAUAUUUUUGCAACAUGCUGCAGUUGCAACAUCAGUUAAUGCUUUGCGGUUCCACCACUGCGUUAGUAGAGAAUGAGUAGAAAUUAGGAGUCGGCUAUGCUUAGCUUGGAAAAGAGAAGACAGAGAGGGUGACAUGAGAGCCAUCUCCAGAUAUCUUAAGGGCUGUCACACAGAAGAUGGGGCAAGCUUGUUUUCUCCUGCUGCGGAGGCUAGGACCUGAACCGAUGGAUUAAAGUUGCAAGAAAGGAGAUUCCGAUUAAACAUCAGGAAGAACUUUCAGAGCUGUUCAACGGUAGAACAGGCCAACUCAGAAGGUGGUCGACUCUCCUUCCUUGGAGGUUGAAAAGUUGGAUGGCCAUUUAUCACGGAUGCUUUAGUUGUCAUUCCUGCAUUUCAGGGGGUUGGACUAGAGGACCCUUGGAGUUCCCUUUCAACUCUUGUCCCUGUGGGUCACUACGAGGAUUCUCCCAGGUCUUCUCUUCCUGUCCCGUCCCGUCCCCACCUUGCCACGCAAAGCCUCCCUGCAGCCCAUUUGCCCCAGUCUAGUUGCCGUGCCCUCAAUUAUUUUGGCCAGGCAGGGGUGGGGAAGCUUUCUUAAGCCCGAGGGCCACACCCCCUCCAUUCUUGGCAACCUUCUGGGUGGCCACAUGCCCCUCGUGGGCGGGGCCAGAGACACAAGUGGGCGGAGGAACAAAUGCAAAUCUUGCCUAGUUACUACACUUGCACCCUCCCGCCUCUGCCCUUCCACCCAAGGUUUCCCAAACUUGGGUCUCUGGCUGUUUUGGAACUACAUCACCCAUCACCCCCUAGCUUGCAGAACCUGUGGUCAGGGGUAAUGGGAAUUGUAGUCCCAAAACAGGUGGAGACCCAAGCUUGGGAAACCCUGAUCAUGAGUCAACAGUGUGAUGCAGUACUGUAACUAAAAAAGCCAAUGCAAUUCCGGGCUGCAUCAAUAGGAGUAUAGCAUCUAGAUCUAGGGAAGUAAUAAUACCACUGUAUUCUGCUCUGGUCAGACCUCACCUGGAGUACUGUGUCCAGUUCUGGGCACCACAGUUCAAGAAGGAUACUGACAAGUUGGAACGUGUCCAGAGGAAGACAACCAAAAUGGUCAAGGGCCUGG